CUCCUGUCCGCGCCCCCGCCGGCUGCGGCCGACCAGUCCAUGGAAGCGCAGCAGGCGCACCUGGGGAGGGUGCUCAGCAUCACCACCACCGUGCUCUUCGUCGCCAGCGUCUCCUACAUCGCCCUCAGCACCCUCUACGCCUGCCUCCGCGCCGCCCGCCAGGAGGAGCCCGGCGGGGUCGGCGACAGCGAUGACGGCCUGCCGGGACCGGCGCCGCCAAGAGAGGCCACCAAGCGCGCGCUCGACGCCAUCCCCGUGCGGGUGGUCGUGCUGCUGGACCAUCCACGCGAACGCGACGACGACGGCUGCCCCGAGGCGGCCGUGGAGGGCCAAGGACUACAGCACGCCGACGACGACGAUGCCUGCGCGGUGUGCCUGGCGGAGUACGCGGCCGGGGACGAGGUGCGCGUGCUCCCGGCGUGCCGCCACGGCUUCCACCGGGAGUGCGUCGACCGCUGGCUGCUCACGCGCGCGCCCACCUGCCCCGUCUGCCGCGCCCCGGUCGCCGCGCACAUCGACGGCGCCGACGCCAAGGAGGAGGUCUGCCCGACCACGACCAGGCACGCCGGUCGCUUUGGUGAUUUCGCCGCCUGGUCCAUUGGGCUCCCGGCGAGGAUAUAUAUGACGGACCCGUGAACGUCCAUCCACUUGUCGAUCGGAGAUGGUAGCGAUCGACCAAUCAGGAAGGUUCAGCUAGCUAGUAGUAAUCCGUCCGGCCGGUACUGUACGUUUAGCUCAAUUUUGAUGCCUCAAACAUUUGUUGAUCGAUGCCAGUUGUUAUCCCCAGAUUAAUAACAAUAGACCACAUAAGUGAAAUUUUGGGUUUGUCAUAGUAUACUACAUCCUCUA